AUGGAUCGGAGCGAAGCCGCCCCAGCUUCCGCGACUGGGACUGACCAAGAGGAGAAGGAAGCUGCACAGGAACAGACUCAAGAGAUAGAUCUAGAAGCAGAACCUCAAGAAGAAAGCUACGAUCCCAACCAGUACCAAAACUACUAUUACGAACCUGCUGAUGGGAACUAUUACUACUAUCCCGCAAAUGAAGCGACGACGAAUGAGGAAUUGCAGGACGCCGCUGAAGUGCCACUCACACCAGAGAACCUUAUUCGCUCGUAUGAAUUCGAAGACUGGGAGCCACAAUCGUACAACUGGUUAGCGGACAUUGUUUUAGAAGUUUUUUUCUCACUAGGAUUUCGUCUGUAUUUUACUUUUAUGCUUUACUGCACCGCAGCCAUGUUAUUUGCCCUUUCACUGAAUUGGACUUUCCAGGUGCUUUUCCGAAUGUACGUCCCACCCUCUAUAGAUGAGUACAAGCAUUUGAUGACGUUGAGUUUUUUGGUCACCUUUUUCUUGCUGAGCUUCACAUUGGUGACGGUAUUCUGCACCUUGGGGGACAUGUUGAAGGGUCUGUGGAAUGCGAAGCGAGAAGACACCGUUUUUUGGGGUAUGUCACAUUCUUCGAGGAAAAAACCUCCCUAUAUGAUAUACUUUGUGAUCAUAACUGCUACGACAAUAUUUCCGUUUUUAUGGGGAAUCAUUGAUGCUUCUGUGAACAAACAAUCGCUUGUGUUUUUUGCUCAGACGUACGCUUUCAUUGUCAUUAUUGUCACUGCGUUUAUGGUUGCAAUUUGCUAUGUGUGGUUUUAUUGGUUGGCUCUGAGACAGAAACGAAUUGCCUUUAAGCACCGCAUGAAACGUGAUGAGUUUAUCUUGUGGGAGAAGGCAUUGAGUUAUCGUUCCUCUCGGUCAACGAAGAAGCAUUGGUACCAUGCCUCCACAGUGCUCGAGGAGUACGGACUGGACGGGAAGACGUUGCGUUGGAAUGCUGUCGUUUUUACAGUUGGGUGUGUUCCGUUGUUUGGACUUUAUUCAGCACAGACACUCACCACCUACAUUGGUGAUCCCCCUGUUACGUGGGGUGCUAUCAGCAGCAUUGCACUUACUUCCGUCUUUGUUGUUUCCUGGACAGCACAAUUUCGCACCAAAGCACACUGGUCUGUUUACGUUUCUAUGUUUUUUAUUGCACUGUUUUUGCUCCUUGGUAUGAUUGGUGGUGCUGUUUCGGCCUCCAAAGAGGCUGUUAUUAUGAACAUCGCUUUGUUCAUCAUCUCACAUGGCAUGCUCACACGAAAAAGGCGACAUGCUUUGACUAGAAGAGAACAAUGUGCACUUUUUCAAAUUGCACUAGACCCAGAAAUACAACAUGACCUACAAAGGCGUAAAGUUGAUACGUACUUGCUCUGCUGUCGAAAUGCUAUUUUGAGUGGGUUGAAGUGUUUUGAUGUCAAGACAUUUUUUGGGUACCGUCACCCCGAAAUUGUACGUGCUGAACGAAAGUACGCAAUAGAUAAUGUUACUAUUAUGACAGAUCAAGCAUCCCUAAUGUACUGGUGGUUGAUUGUUAUGUUUGCAGUGGCGUUUGUCAUUGCUCUUGGUAAUGCAAUGGUGUACAAUUUCACGGGUGGGAUAGCUUCCAGAUGUGCUCCCAUGGCGCCUCAAAACUCAAUGUUACCAAUUUGUGAGGUGAGAUACAAUACAAACGGUUCUGCCCCGCUCAAAAUGUACGAUUUGGCUCUUUUGAGUGCACUGUCGUACACAGUAGCAGAAGAAGGAGAUAAGGACUUUGUUACUUGGUUUUCUCAUCUUCCUAGUUUUUUCCGACGAUAUCCCAUCCACCUGCCCCCCAGUUUGAAUUAUGCGACGGAUGGAGUGGCCAUUUCAUUUUCAGAUUAUGUUGAUUCGGUGAGUGAUUACCAUUUUGUGACACUGAACACCAACAAUAGAGGUCUCUCACUGAUGCGAAACAUGGAUGAGUGGGGUACAUCCAUUGCUGUGCAAUUGGCUGGGGCAAUAUCUCCCCUCAUCAAUGUGUGGCCUGAGAGGUAUCGAGAAUCAUUUAUCUACGGUGCCGAUUUUUUGCGGAGGUGGUUUCCACACCCUAAUGUGCUCAAAGAUGUUUCUGUUUAUAUCGACGGAUUGAUUACUGCGGGAAAGAAGGAUCGUAUUUUGCUGAUUGGUGACGGGUUCAAUGGUGGAUAUGUGAAGAUCCUCUCUUCUACCUAUGGCUUACCGUUUGUGGCGUUCAAUCCUCCAGGAACAAAAUACAAAAUUCCCUUUCAAUUGAAAGGUGUGCAGGUUUCUUUUGCCCGUGGUCUUCUUUCUUACAUCGACUCUCUCGAAGACACCUUGGAGACCUUAUAUCUGCAAUGUGACGCUCGUUAUUCGUCUAACCGUUGUAGCAGGAUUGAGACGACAAUCGAAACUAUCAACGCAUCGUGUGGUGAUCCAUACGGUCGAGGUUUUAUGUAG